UCCCCAAAACACCCCGUGGGCGGGAAGGCCUAAUGCUCGUCUUAUUUCGCCUUAACCCUAUUGCCUCGACCUCCUUCGCAACCCUAAGAAGGAUGCCUCCUUCCUUGCCGAGAUGGCCGACUUCCUCCGAAGCGCCCCCGCCGUCGCCUUGCAACCCUCUCUCGAUUAUGCCGUGUUCCUUUUUCUCCUUUUGCUCGAUGCGGCGGUGCAGUGUACAAAAGAGAAGAAGGCUGACUCGGAUGGGGGUUUUGGGAGUGGCGGUGCCCCAUUAGGUGGGCAUGCGAUCGGUGAUUCUGCGGCAGAAGGGAUGCUAAUGUGCCUACAAGAACUUUGAAAGAAAUGCCAUCUUGGGUCUGUGAAUCAGAUGGUUGUGGUGCUAAAGAAAAUUGCCACUGGAGCUAUGCUCGCAGUCUGAGGCAUCGGAAAAAUUUUGUGAAGGAAUAAUAGGAUGCUUUAGGGUGAUGCUUCUCAAUUUACAGCCUUGCUCUGUUAGUUGCUGUUCAUGCAAGCAAAAGGUUAUCAUGCCUACAUGCAAACCUAUUGAUGGUGCUUUUGUGUAUCAUAAUACUCUCUCGAGGAAUUGUGUAGAAUCGCUAGAAUGUUUGCUAGCAUUUCUCCAAUCUCAAAAUGCUUAAGCUGCAGUAGGGCAUUGGCUAUCACUUCUUCUCCAAGCUGCUGAACUUGAGGCACUGAGAGGACACCGUGGAUGUGCAAAUCUCCGGAAAGAGGCAUUUCUUACCCUUCGAGUCCUUGUUGCCCAAGAUGAGCGAGGAGCCGCAAGAGGUCGUUGGUCGAUUGAGGAAACUUUUGAGGACGUAGGGGCUUGUCGGUGGAAAGUGGGUCGAUGACUACGAUGGCAAGACUAUUCAGGCAGUGAUCUAGACAGAGUUGAUUACGACUGUGGUUUUUAUGGAGGUUAUUUCUCUUUGCAGCUUAAAGAAAAGUCACUGUAAGUGAAAGGUGCAAGUGUCUAAGGAAAUGGUAAAAAUAUUAUGAUGAUCUACAAUGAAAUACUAUAUGUUGUCGAUGUUCUGUUGUUGUAAAGGUUGGCUUCUCGGUCCUUUGUAUUUAAUAAAAGAGAUAGUGAAACCUAAAGAUGGAUAUACUUGCACGAAAGUGAACUUGUAAUCAUAAAUUAGACAUCACUUUUGAAGUUGUAGUUGUCAUUCAUGGAAAUUAUCUCCCUCUUGGUAGUGUCAUUAGUGAAAAGCAGAAAGAGGUGGGAGUUUUAGGGGUGGGGGUUGUGCAAUGGUGGGGGAUGGUUAAGUUAUGAAAAGAAGGGGGAUGGUUAAGUUAUGAAAAGAAAUAGGAAUUGUAAUUUAGGGUGGAACCUUAUGUUAUUGUUGGUAUUUACUGAUCUGAUCGUAGCUCCACUAAUGGACCACCUACAUAUUGGGCGAUUCAAGGUACAUGAGUACAAAGUAACUACAAGUGCAGGACCUUAGAGGACAUGGAGGUGUCAGCUUGCUUUGUCUGUGUGUUCUUUUAGGUACAACAUAUACGACAACUUGUUGGAUCUUCUGCUUUCAGUAACUUUGAAAGCAUCCGAUAUUUGAAGAAAUAAUUUUAUUGGAUUUAAUGUUGUAAUAGCUGACAAUUGCCAACGGAUUUUCAUAUAUUGCCUUAAACUCCUAUGGACACUAGAAAACAGAGAUGCUGUCUGGUCUUGGGUAGGUGGAAUAUCAAAAGUUUUUGAACCUCCAAAAUCUUCUCCAUCUUGACAGUAUGCUCUGUGGAAGUGGAUUGAGGAACAACAGUUGGAUGAAUCAAAAGUUUCUUGAACAAUAGAAGGAUGAAUCUAAAGUUUCUACCAGUGAUAACUUAAUCUCCUCUGGUUUUGCAUCACCUUGCUGAUUCUCCUUCCAAACAAAUUGAGAUAUUGGACCCAAAUCAAUCAGCAUCUUCUUCAACUAAAAUCGAAUGCUUACAAUCUGAUAUAGUUGGUGAGUUUGUAAAAAUUUUAUAGUUGUAGUUUUUUACUCUUUGAGUAACCACUUUAAACAUGAAAUCAAUGAAAACAAUUCUGUAACUUUACAUUCCAUUGUCUGUGAAAACUCGCUAUCUCUUGCCUUAGAUUAAAUUGAGAGUUUCUAUGUUGCCAAAGUUACUUGCAAGAAUUACUGUCUUUUUUUUUGUAGAUCUUUUCUUUCAACUAAGCGUUUAUGGUUUUCUAAUUAUUUGGAAUGAACGUGCACUAGUAAAGAAUGAACACAUUGAUAACCUAGAGGAGGUGGGAACACACAACUUUCUGGUUAAUGCCAAUUCAUCCCCAAUUCAAUCUGCACUUUGAAGAAGCUAAUGUGAGUAAACUAUGCCACGUUUGUUGUAGCACCAGCACAUGGAAUUCUGUCUAAUAUAGAGUGGGAUUACCAAGCAGUAAGGAGUUAUUUGAUGCUAAAUUGGAGAAGAAAACUUGCAGGAUUAUUGCUUGAGUUUAGGAAAGAUUCCCAAAAGACAUUGCCACCAGUUGUCCAAAAGCCUGAUGGGAAGAAAAACUGGAUGGUUUGUGAUCCGGUUCCUAUAAACAACUUCUGCUGCUAAAUAGAUAUCUAGGUCUUUGUUUAUCAGUUAUAUCUCCUCUGACUACUCUAUGUUAUAUUUGAUAUUACUGAUUCUGAGGUAUCCAAUUUAGUUUAGUAUUUAAUUUUUAAGAAGAAUGGAGUGAGUUGCUCAAUAAAGCCCCAAUAAGUCACAUACGUUGUACCUGGUAUUGAAGACUUUGACCACACAGAUAUCUCUGAAUUUGUUCAGAAAGCUCAGGUCUUAGUAAGUGUCAGAAAAUUAGAACUUGGAGACAUUUUUAGUUAUUGGUUUCCCACAGGAUCCAUCGAUUCUGGAGUGUUUUUGGAUGGAGCUUUCAGAAAAUAAAAGGACAGUGACAGCUGAGGAAUUAGCUGUGGUACUUAUUUUGCAGAAUUAACUUUCCAUGCUUGAACACUGCUCAUCUUUCAUUUUCUUCAGAUUAUAUAUGGCAGCAAGGAAUAUCUUGAAAGCUACUGUUCCCUUCUCUUGUUGUCUAGAGAUGACAUAUAUUUUAGUGUGGUUGAUAGCAAGGGAUAUUGUUCUCUAUAUGAACGACGACCAAGUAUUAAGGGUCAAUAUUAGGAUUCUUUAGGAAAGAUUCUUUUGGUCAAUUUUCAGGCUGCCCAACCACUCCCUCAAUGGUGGCGACAGCGUGGUGGCUGAAUCCAUCGCAACCCUAGUUUUCAUGGACGAGGAGGAGGUGGGUUUUCUCUCGUUGCAUCGGUCUUCGAUAACGAUGGCAUGCUUUUGCUUGCUUCCAUCCUUAUUGUCAUUGUUCCAUCAUAAGUUCUUGAUCUUUGUUCCAAAGAUGGUUCUGUACGGUGAUUCUUUGAGAAAGAUUCUUUUGGUCUAUUUUCAUGACCGUCCCUUCCUCGACGGUGGCGAAAACCUAGCUGUAGACUCCAUCGCCAUCUUAGCUUCCUUGGUAGAGGCUAAAAACAAAAGUGGCGAUCGACAAGGAGGGUUUUCUAUAGUUGCAUCGAUGGUGAUCGCAUGCUUUCGCUUGUUUCCUGUCAUAUGGUGGCCAUUCUAUCGUAGAUUCUUGAUCCUUGGUGCAGAGAAGUGUCGGUACAAGGAUUCUUUUGAAUAGAUUCUUUUGGCCACAGAUUUUCAUGGCGAGCUCUGCUGCCGCCUAGCUUGCAAUGAAGAUGGCAAUUGACGAGGAGGUUUUUUUUCUCUCAUUAGGCCAGUGAUGCUUUUUCUUGCUUCCAGCCCUAUCAUGGUUGUUUGAUCGCAGAUUCUUGAUUUCUUGGUCCGGAGGAGAAGAGUCAGUAGGUUGGUUCUUUUGGACAUCGAGUGUUCCUUUGCCUCGUGAUGGAUUUCUGCCCACUGGCUAGGAAACCUUCUGUCAAUGGCAUAAUUGCAUUGAUAGGGGGACCUGAGGUGGAGUAUAUUAUUUGGUCAUAGUGUUGUUAUGAUCAUGCUGUUUGUGCUUCUUAUGGAUGAAGAAGAGAUAAUUGGAUUGGUUGCCGUUAAGUGGCUGGGAAAGUUUAUCCGUUAGUGUUUGAUAAAUCCAGCUAAUCUGUUUGUAAUAUUAUGAUCAGUUUAGUGAGUGAGAAAUUCUUUAUGGCAAGCAAAGGAGGGCACCGGCCACAGCCAGUAAAUGAAUGUGAUAUUUAUUCAGCUUUGGAAUCUUUAUGAAUUUGUAAAGCAGUAUUUCCUAUGUUAAAGGAAGAUCUUAUUAUCUCUUUUCAUGUUGGCCAAGUGGACAUUUGUGUUGGCUACCAUUUAAUUUUUGAUUAAUACUAUGCUCCAUGGCCUUUCUGAAGAAGAGUUUGGGCCACAAAUUCAUUUCAGGGAGUACUCAUUCCUGCAGAAUACAUCAGUGCCCAAACAUGUGAAGGAAUCAUUACUUAAUGUUCAACUUUGUGAUGCACAUUCCAAAGGAUGCAAUAUAUCCGAUGGAACAACUAGCCGUGGUUUCAUCCAAUUUCCCAGAAAUAGCACUGAGCAGAUGUACAUGCAAGUAUUCUCCCAGUACAAAGAUAUCAAAGUCUUGCACUUUUCAUCCAUGGCGAAUGCCUUCCAAGGGUUCAAUGAUGAGGCAAGAGAAGUAAAAUUUAGAAAUCGCAUGAAGAGAUAUGUUGGAAUGUGGUGUUGCGUAGAGAACCGUGACCCUGGCCACAUAUACUAUGACAUAUACUGGGAUGAGAAACCAGAAUGGAAACCUGAACCACCUCGAACUAGUCAAGAUGAUCAUCCACCUUGGGAUUGAACAUUAUAUUUGCUUGUCAUGAAAGAUCAUCGUCAUCUGAAGUUUCAGACAUAAUUAUACUUGUUGAAAACUUUAUUCAUCUUAUAAAUGAGAAUUUUUUGAUGUA